ACUAGCCAGACACACUAUAAAUUCACCCUACCCUUUAUGUCAGCUGCAGAAACCUUGGAGACACCCAGAGCAGCAGUGUUCCUCCCUGCACAGAACAAGGUUCAGAACAAUGGAAGCUUUGAAUAGAGCCAACACAAGCUUUGCUCUUGACUUUUUCAAACAUGAGUGUCAGGAAGAUGGCGACAAGAAUAUUUUGUUCUCCCCUUUGAGCAUUUCAUCUGCCCUGGCUACUGUUUAUUUGGGAGCCAGAGGUAACACUGCAGAUCAGAUGGAAAAGGUACUUCACUUUAAUAAAACUGAGGGAGCCAGAAACGUCACCACAACCAUAAAAAUGCAAGUCUACUCCAGAACAGAAGAACAUCUAUCAAAUCGAUGUGCUUGGUUCCAGAAGACAGAAAUUGGCAAAUCGGAUAAUAUCCAUAGUGGGUUUAAAGCACUCAACUUUGAACUCAACCAACCCACUAAAAAUUACCUGCUUAAAAGUGUCAACCAGUUAUAUGGAGAAAAAUCAUUGCCUUUCAGUAAGGAAUACUUAAAAUUAGCCAAGAAAUAUUACAAUGCAGAGCCACAAUCAGUUGACUUUGUGGGAGCAGCAGAUGAAAUCAGAAAAGAGAUCAAUUCCAAGGUCGAGCACCAGACUGAAGGUAAAAUCCAAAAUCUGCUGCCUCCUGGAUCCGUAGAUUCAUUCACCAGGCUAGUCCUGAUAAAUGCGCUCUACUUCAAAGGAAAGUGGGCAACAAAGUUUGAAGCUGAAGCUACCAGGCAAAGGCCUUUCAGAAUAAACAUGCAUACAACUAAACCAGUGCCCAUGAUGUACCUGAGUGAUAAACUUAACUGUACCUACGUAGAAUCAGUCCAGACUGAUGUUCUUGAGCUUCCAUACGUCAAUAAUGAUCUCAGCAUGUUUAUCCUGCUACCAAGUGACAUCACUGGCCUACAAAAGCUAGAAAGAGAAUUGACUUUUGAAAACCUGUCUGCAUGGACCAGCCCAGAACUAAUGGAGAAAAUGAAAAUGGAGGUUUAUCUGCCCAGGUUCACUUUAGAAGAGAAAUACGACCUCAGAUCUACUUUGAGCACGAUGGGGAUACAAGAUGCCUUCACUAAAGGUCAAGCCGAUUUCACAGGAAUGUCAGAGAAUGGUGAUCUGUUUUUGUCACAAGUUUUUCACAAAUGUUAUCUGGAAGUCAAUGAAGAAGGCACAGAGGCAGCAGCUGCCAGUUCAGCAGCACUGACAUCACGAAGUCUUGGUGCUACUGUUAUUUUUGUGGCAGAUCACCCUUUCCUCUUCUUUAUCAGGCACAACAAGACCAAGAGUAUCCUCUUCUUGGGAAGGUUCUCUUCCCCCUAG